AUGCAUCUGGCAACGAUCUUCAGCUUCCUGCUCUUGGGCAUCUUUGUGACCCUCGCAUCGGCCUAUAACGGCCAGGAUAUCUAUGCGGAACCGAACUGUGACAUCGUUCAGGAUCAUGCUCGCAAGUUCCGUGACAUCUCCGAUCCCACCCACUACUGGGUGUGCCCCGAGGGACAGGAGAAGGCCGACUAUAUUCAGUGCCCCGAUAACUAUGCCUUCAUGGAGCCACAGCAGGAGUGCGUUGUCUGGGAGGAGUGGAAGUGGCUUGAGCCAUACACUAAAUAA